AUGCCAUAUUCAAAUCCAUACAGCGCCACGGUGCAAGCACCAGCACCUAUCAAGAUGCCCAUAUCAACAUCUUCAUCCAAUGCCUCAUCCACUACAUCUUCCGCUGCCGCCUCACCAACACGUCCUAGUCGCCUAUCCAGAUUUGUCGAAGGAAGCGAGGUGACUCGUCCUGAAAUCCUUCAACGUACUCCUACUUCCAAUGAGUUCUUGUUCCACAUCCUUUCAGAAAUGGACGCCCACGAAGCACAACGCAAGAGAAACCCACAAUCUUCCCGUGCGUCCAACUCAUCACGCGAGUCCCUCGAAACUCCCGUUACAACAACCAAACAUUCCAUGCCACCAUCUCGAGAAGGACACAGGAGUGUCAACUUUGGACGAAUGAGUUUGGACGGACAACCUGGCCCAGAACAACUAGGAGAAAGUGAGGCUACGAAACUAUCAAGGAAAAUGGGAACAGUGAAAGGAAGAAUACGUGCUUGGACUGUUGGAAGAGACAGGGGAACAUGA